AUGGACCUCGGGCUCGCUCGCCAUGGCUUCGCGAGGGCAUCUCGGGUAGAGAGGAAAGGAGGCGCGGCGCGGAGCCCGGCGGUCCUGUGGGCCCGCAGCCCAGCCCGGGACGGCGCGCUCAGGUGGGAGGGCCGGGACCAUGAGCUCCUACCUGGAGUACGUGUCGUGCGGCGGCGCCGGGGGGCGGUGGGGACCUGCUUCAGCUUCCGCGCCCAAAGGGCCGUGUUCUCAGGCGACAGCUCCUUUGCUUUCUCAGCGGCCCAGGUUGACUCGCCGGUCUUCGGCGAUCCCGGCCCCUUCCCGGCAAGUUCUCAAAAGAGCCCCGCCGACGGGCUCUCCGGGGCCUUCCAGACCGCGUCCCCGGCCCCCGGCGCCUACCCCAAGUCCGCCUCCCCAGCGUCCGGCCUCCCCGCCGCUCUCAGCACCUUCGAGUGGAUGAAAGUGAAGAGGAACGCCCCCAAGAAAAGCAAACUCGCCGAGUAUGGAGCCGCUAGCCCCUCCAGCGCGAUCCGCACGAAUUUCAGCACCAAGCAACUGACCGAACUGGAGAAGGAGUUUCAUUUCAAUAAGUACUUAACUCGAGCCCGACGCAUCGAGAUAGCCAACUCCUUGCAGCUGAAUGACACCCAAGUCAAAAUCUGGUUCCAGAACCGCAGGAUGAAACAGAAGAAAAGAGAAAGAGAAGGGCUUUUGCCCUCGGCCACCUCUGUGGCUUCCCUCCAACUUACCUUCUCAGGCAAGAACCUGGGGAGCCCUUCUCAGGCCCAAGAGCCCUCAUGAGACUUAGUCUUGAGGCUGAGGAAACUUGGCCUGCAGAAGUCAUAGGCCAGCCCACCCCUGUCUAGACUUACUAGCUCGGUUUGGGGUGGAAGUGGGCCUGUGCAGAAAGAGAGGUUUCACUUGGGAAAGGAAGUAUCUUAGUCACUUCUGAGUUCCAGGCUGUGGGUGUACAGAUACUAAUUGGAGGUCUCUUCAGCCACUCAU